AUGGCCAGCGAUCCAGAAGGGCAGCAGCAAUCGCCAGAGAUGGUAGAAACGAGAGCAGCAGCGAGACGGCGAGAGGAAGCGGGAACCGCCCAGACCCCGACAAAUUCGUCGGGCAGCGAAAGCACGGGUUUGCUACAGCCAACGCGCGGAUCAGACAUAUCCCCGUCAAGAUCAAACACGCCAGCAACCGCCAAUACGGGCACAAGCCAGAGCACGACCCCCAGCGAGUCAGGGCAAGGAAGAAGAGGAAGAAACCCAAUCCCAGACGGAAUCCCAAUCCCUCACAAGUGGGUGAAUAUCAACCCAGACUAUUGGGGAACGUGGAUGUACAGAAUCGCGGAUCAACCCAACGGCGAGCAAAUUGACGCGGCACUGAUUUAUUUGACUGAGGUCUACGAGAGAAAGGGGCUGCAGGGACAACCCCUGUUCUACGAAAUCGCAGACGACCUCAGCCAUUGGCCAGACGGAUGGUUCGCAAGCGCAAGCCCAGGGAUCGCGAAAGCAGUCAAUGGAUUCCUCCAUGGGCGAGGGGUAUUACCAGCGCAAUUACGAUCGCGAGAACCGCACGAAAUCCUAGCAGCGACGAUUGCAGAGGAGGAAUUUGUGCCAUGGAGCCAGGCACAAGUCGACAGAGCGUACAAUCGCUUUGACGAAUUCAGAAAAAGGGUGAACGACCCAGAUUUCCUUCCUACAAUUACCAACGGCAAUCUGUCGUCGCAGAAGGAUAUACAGAGGCAAAAUAUGGUGCCAGAAGUACGACAAUCGACAAUUCCGCCUAUUUCGAUCCACAGCUCGUCGCCGCUGCCAAUGCGAAAUUCGGCGCCAAUCGGCCAACAGGAAAGGAGGCAGACGACCCGAAGUCACCAACAAUACGCAGCGACGCAGGGAUCGCAUACAGAUACCGAAAAUAUGGCGGCAACUACGAGGCAAUUCACAGACCUCAAAAAGAUCUUCCCGAGAGAGAAAUUGUACUCUGGGGGGAAGUACGAGGUCUUGCAAGAAACCCUGACGAUGUUCUACGAUUACUGCGAAAAAGUCGGGAUCAGGGAACACCAGUACCAUUCGGUAAUUAAUGUCGUACUCGCAGGCAAGGCCUCUGAUUACUACUACGAAGCGGUGCGUAAUCUCGAUCGAAACGACUUUCUCGGCAUUAUUGACGCAAUCCGAAGCCGCUUCGAGACCCACGAUAGGAAUCUAGAGCUCCUAUCUGAGCUACGAGCGAUUUCUUUCGCAUCUGUGGCCAGGACAAUGGAGGGCAAAUCGCGAGUAGAAAUCCUCGAAGAGCUCAUCGAUCGAAUCGACAAGCUAGCGAAAACCCAGCCGAAUGAGGGGACCAACGAGCGGAAGGUCGGAUAUCUCUGUACCGCAGUCCAACGCGUACCAGAGGCAAAAAUAACCCUGCACCAAGCACCAGAAGACUACGAGACGCUCUGCUCGAGGCUGAGAUCCAGCUUCAACAUUGAGGCGAGGAUGCCGCGCCAAACCCACCUCCAGGCGUACGACGGCCCUCACCAGCAGCAUUGGGUCGAUCGAACGUACAAUGGGAAAGGAAAGGAGACCAGAUCCGGGGGCACGGAACCCAGCGAAGGCAACCAAAUUGGCGGCCUGAAGCAUCCACCCCCCAUGGGAAAUACGGAAGAUGAGGAAGAUCUCACCCCCUAUACCGACGAAUUGGAUUACGACGAAAUCGACGAUAUCAACCACUCGUUCUUCGCCCCGGAAGGUCCCUCAGACGACGGAUACGGAGGUGGCCGAAAGGACGAAUCCAACAGCGCAGAAUUCCAUUCUCUUGACACCUGA